CUCAACAAAAGAAGAAGUCUUCUUCGGCUACAUUGUUUUGUUUGCGUCCGGUAUUAUCAGUACCAAGCAAAUACCGGUUGAACUGGCGUUAUAAAACCAAAUCCUGAGCAAUUUCGGUGCUUUAAAUGUCGGUGGCCAUGAGUUCAACGUGUCCAGGCCUGUACUGUGGCAGGAUGAUGGUCAACGGCUCAGUCGAGGGAGAGUGUGGUGUUUGUCCUCGAGGAGAGCGAGCCAACAUCCAGAAGGUGUGCGAGCGCUGCACCGAGUCCCCCGAGCUCUACGACUGGCUCUAUCUGGGAUUCAUGGCCAUGUUGCCUCUAGUGUUGCACUGGUUCUUCAUUGAGUGGUACUCUGGAAAGAAAAGUUCCAGUGCUUUACUACAACAUGUUACGGCCAUGUUGGAGUGCAGUAUGUCAGCUGUGGUUACUCUGCUGGUCACAGAGCCUGUGGGAACGCUCACUAUCCGCUCCUGUCGAGUGCAAAUGCUUUCAGACUGGUACACCAUGCUGUAUAACCCAAGUCCAGACUAUGUGAACACAUUACACUGCACUCAGGAGGCUGUGUACCCACUCUACACCAUCGUGCUAAUCUUCUAUGCAUUCUGCUUGGUAUUAAUGAUGAUGCUGCGUCCUCUGUUGGUGAAGAAGAUAGCAUGUGGUUUGGGCAAAUCUGACCGUUUCAAGAGCAUCUAUGCUGCUCUGUACUUCUUCCCCAUCCUCACUGUGCUGCAGGCUAUAGGAGGAGGACUGCUCUAUUACGCAUUUCCCUACAUCAUCCUGGUGCUGUCUCUGGUGACACUGGCUGUUUACAUGUCUGCCUCUGAGAUACAGUCGUUUAAGAAUCUGGUUGCCAAGAAGAAGCGUCUCAUUGUCCUGUUCAGCCACUGGCUGUUGCAUGCUUAUGGCAUAAUCUCCAUCUCCCGACUGGACAAGCUGGAACAAGACCUGCCGCUGUUGGCCCUCGUGCCAGGCCCCGCCCUGUUUUACAUCGCCACAGCCAAAUUUACUGAGCCCAGCCGCAUCCUGUCUGAGGGCGGCAGCGGACACUGAGCUGGGUUUAUCAACACUGAAGUGGAUGACUCUUCAAUUCUUUAGACUUCAGUUGCUCAAAAUAAUACUACUACUACUAUUGUAAGUUACCACAGUGUCCAGUGAUGUCUUGACAUGCUCCUUUUAGUUUUACCAAUAACCCACAGAGUGAGUGGGUAGUCAGUCAACAUCUACAAACUGCGUUUGGUGUUUGAACUCAGUAAAUAAGCUCUGGAGCUUGAAAAAAGGCGACUGGACUUCAAAAAAUUUAGAGAAGUCCAGUCGCCUCAGAGACCACCAGGACCUGGAUCACAGACAAGCCGAACAUUGAAGUAAGUUCAGUUUCCCUCUGAGGUGUCCACAGGGCUGACAUCAUGAUGUGUUCAGAGAAGUCUAUAGUGUAAAUACAGAAAGUGUUCCCACUAUUGUUCAUGUAUAUAACAAACUGAUGGAAGGUUGUUUUUUUAGAGAUGAGCGUUUGUUAGCUGUAACACCCGACCUGCUGCACUACACCAUGAUUAACAGGCUGCUGCUGCUCAUGUGACUCAGACGUGUAGCUGGGAGUGAUUUAUGAUCCAGCUUGAUUUCACUAUCAGCAAUGUUACAAGUUUUCCAGGAAAUCACUGUAAUGGUGGUACUGAAAAUAUGAGUUGUUUGUGGUACAUUUAUCCUCUGGCCAAGCUUUAAUAUUUCAGUAUUCACAGGUUUGCUGAGGUGAAACUGCUUUGUGUAUAUACUGUAUGCUUGUAAAUAUGAGUGUAUCCAGUAUGUUUUUCUACAUAAACUCAAUUCAAACUAACAUUUCAACACUGUCAGUGGAGAGAAAUGGUCUGUAUUCAGGGUCAUUCACAGUCCUUGGGGUAUUGUGCUGCCUGUAUUCAGAAGUGGGGUGGGUGGGGUUAAUGGAAUAAAUGUGUUACAAACUUUGUUGCUGUGUGUAGUUUUUUUUUUGGUGCUGUCGUCACUGGUCACACCUCCCACUUCUUGUAACCUGGCAUGUGCAGCACAGCUGGGAAGCAUCUCUAAGCUGCUGCACAUGGAGGUAAUGUGAGCAAAACCACUCG